AACGCUUAUACAGCGGAAUGCUCGGUCUAUACUUACUAUGUCUAUGGACGUAGUGCUGCCAUGUUUUUUCUACGGGGCUUGCUAGGGGGUCAAUCGAAUUGUUAGUGUUCGUGUUCGGAGAUGGUUAUACAAGAUGGUUUUUGAUAACCAAAUGGUGUGCGUGAUAAACGAUUGAGGAAAAGAUUAAGACCAGGGCGCGUCAUUUCGGUGAAUAUACUCGUGUCGAUGUGACAAUCGCUUGGAAACGGCGAGAGAGAAUCCUUUGGCUCGGAACAGCUUCCUGCGCGAUAGGGUCCGAAAUAUUGGUGAAGAGUGAUUACAAAUAAAAUUUUCAUAUUGUCAGAAUAAUGAGAUAUUUGCGAUAUUGCUGUAAAAAACGCAAAGUUUAGGUUUUUUUACUUUUAUUCCACUUUUAUUCUACUACAUUUUCUUGUUCUAACUACUCUUUUAUUUUUCUUUUAAUUUUAUUUGUAUGUUUUCCAAUGUAUUUAUUUUUAAUUAUCCCUUUAUUUCAUUUUUUUUGUCUCUUUUUUUCUAUAAUCUUUAAUUUAUAACAACAAAAAUCAUGUAACAACUAUAUAUGGUGUAAAAAUUAAAAAUGUCUACAUUUAUUUCGAAAGUUGGAAAAUGUGAUAAACUUGUUGUGAUUGGAAUUUAUUUGCAUUGGAAUUUUAUCGAGAUGUAACAAUGUGGUAUAACGAAUUUAAGACUAAUAGUGACAAUGGAAAUAUCAAGUGUAGAUUGUGGUAAGAAACAGCCUUGUCGACGAAGCGACAUGUCAGAUUCGUCGAGAUAUCUUUAUAGCCAUCUUCCUCCUGACAUUAUGCCAAAAGGACUAUCCAACAAUGAAAUAUGCUAUUUAGGCAUAGGAGGAAGAUUACGUCAACUUGAAGGCUUGUUUAUUGGUGGUUCUGCCCAAGGUGGGCGAGUGGGUCAUACCAUUUCGAUUGAAACACUUAUAGACGUUUUACUUGUGCUCUACGACGAAUGUUGCAAUUCUUCGUUACGUCGUGAAAAAACUGUUUCUGAUUUUAUUGAGUUUGUGAAACCGAUAACUUCUUGCAUCAAGAACUUGCAGUUGACACGGGAGGACUUUGAAAUUGUCAAGGUGAUUGGCAGAGGUGCUUUUGGGGAAGUAUGCGUUGUAAGAAUGCGUGGCUCGGACAAGGUGUUUGCUAUGAAGAUUUUGAACAAGUGGGAGAUGCUGAAACGUGCCGAAACCGCGUGUUUUAGAGAAGAAAGAGAUGUUCUGGUGUAUGGUGAUCGCAGAUGGAUCACGAAUCUGCAUUAUGCCUUUCAAGAUGACAAUAACUUGUAUCUGGUCAUGGAUUACUAUUGCGGAGGAGAUUUAUUAACGUUACUGAGCAAAUUUGAGGAUCGUUUACCCGAGGACAUGGCUCGAUUUUACAUAGCAGAAAUGGUGCUAGCUAUAGGUUCUAUACAUGACUUGCGCUAUGUACAUCGAGACAUUAAACCCGAUAAUGUUUUACUGGACGCGAAUGGUCAUAUCAGAUUGGCUGAUUUUGGCUCUUGUUUACGAUUGUUCGAGGAUGGUACAGUGCAAAGUAACGUCGCUGUUGGUACUCCAGACUACAUUUCACCAGAAAUAUUAAGGGCGAUGGAGGAUGGUCAGGGACAAUAUGGUCCUGAAUGCGAUUGGUGGUCUCUUGGAGUAUGCAUGUACGAGAUGCUCUAUGGUGAAACACCUUUUUACGCGGAAUCUCUAGUCGAGACUUAUGGCAAAAUUAUGAAUCACAAGAAUUGUUUUGACUUUCCUACGGACGCUGUGUACGAUGUUUCUGAAGAAGCCAAAGAUCUGAUGCGCAAGUUGAUUUGCAGCUCUGAAUUUAGACUAGGUCAAAAUGGAAUUGAUGACUUUAAGAAGCAUCCUUGGUUCGACGGAGUCGAUUGGGAUACGCUCAGAGAUAGCACUGCGCCGUACAUUCCUGAAGUCUCGUCACCUAGUGACACGUCCAACUUUGAUGUCGAUGAUACAGAUGUUCGCACUUCCGAUGCCGUUCCACCAGCCGCGAAUUCAGCCUUUUCCGCGCUACAUUUACCAUUCGUUGGUUUUAGUUUUACGCAAGGAAGUUGUAUAUCAGAUCUGGGUUGUAUAUCUGCCUUAUCUCAGACGGACAAACGUAUACAGUUACUUGAGGAAGAAAAUGCAAGGUUGAUACAAACUAUUGACGAUAUGAAAAAUCAAUCGAGUAUAAUUCAUUCUUCUCCUGGUAUCUCUCCAGAUUCUAAUAAUGCGACCAGAAAACUUCAGGAUGAAAUUAAUACGCUUACGAAACGCAAUUGUGAGUUGGAGUCGCAGUUAAAGUCUAUGGAGGUUCCACGUGAAUUACGAACUUUAGAUAACGGUGACGUGACAAAAUUCCGAGAACUUGAAAAGCUAGUUCGAUGUCUACGCUCGGAAAAGGAAGAAGUCAUCAAAGAUAAGUUGGACGCGCAGGAGAAACUGAAGCUUCAAGACAAAGAAUUGAAAGACGCGCUCACGCAACGUAAACUUGCGAUGGCGGAAUAUACGGAAGUAUCGGAUAAAUUAUCGGAACUGCGGCAACAGAAACAAAAGUUAUCGAGACAGGUUCGAGACAAAGAAGAAGAGUUAGAAGUUGCGAUGCAAAAGGUCGAUACUUUACGCCAUGAUAUUCGGAAAGCUGAAAAACUGCGAAGAGAAUUGGAAAAUAGAAUUGAUGAAGCAAUGGCGGAGACUAGCAAAGAACGGAAAUUGAGAGAACGCAGCGAGGAAUAUUGCAAGCAGAUGCAAGAGGAAAUGGAGAAGAUCAGGCAACGUUCUCUUGGAAACGACGCCAGUGCGAAUCAUGCUUUAGCCACUCAAGAGAUUAAUAGAUUAAAGGCAGAAGUUGAAAAGCUCGAGGUUCAAUAUAAUGAAAACUUGACUCAGCAACAAGGCAGGUUUAAUCUCGAGAUUCGAAGUCUGCAGGAACAAUUGCACGAAGCUGAAACUAGACGAGAACUGUUGGAGAGAGAGGUGCAACUCACCAAGGAGAAAUUGGAUGCUGCGAGACUGGAAAAUAUCACCGAUAGCGAAGAAACUAUAAAUGAGUUAAGUAGACGUCACGAGAGAGAAAAGAUUAUGCUGGUUGAAGAAAAUAAGAAACUUGUGUUGGAACUCGGUGCCCUCACUGACAGUGUUAAUAGAUUGCAAAGUGAGAGAAGACAGUUGGAGGACGAAUACGAGGAAUUGAGAAACAAGAAAGAAGCAAUCGCACAGUGGGAAGCUCAGAUUACUGAAAUUAUUCAGUGGGUAUCGGACGAAAAAGAUGCUCGUGGAUAUUUGCAGGCUUUGGCUACAAAAAUGACGGAAGAGUUGGAAUUCUUGAAACACUCUGGUGGAGUUGGUAGUGUUGGAAGUGGAACCACUAUGGCAGAUAAAAAUUGGCGAAAUCGUCGCUCACAGAAGCUCGAUAAGAUGGAACUUUUAAAUUUGCAGAGCUCCUUGCAAAGUGAAAUACAAGCGAAGCAAGCGAUUUCAGAGGAACUUACCAAAACUCGUUCUGAUUUGAUAGCCGCACAAAAGGAAUUGAGGGACUUGAAGCAGCGAUUAGAUACCAUGUCGCACGAAUUGAAGCGUAAAGAUAUGCAAGUAAAAGAGUUGCAAGCACGUCUCGAUACUGGGGAUGGCUUUUUAGAACGUCCUACAUCACAGAUGUCGUAUCUUGAGCAUUUUCUUAAAGAAACUACAAGUAGUACUCGUCAUGGCAGUGUCGACAGUGUGGAAGGUGACAUUGAGGACAAUCGUGCACCUAGUAUUACGAGCAGCAAAAGUAAUCUGUCUGAACUUAGUAUCGAUCCAACUUCGCCGUUAUCUCAUGAACUUCUAAAUAAGUCUUCAUCCACCCAUGGUCAGACCAAUUUGCAACCAAAACCCAAGUCACACCAAUUUCUCGUACGAACGUUUUCAGCGCCUACAAAGUGUAAUCACUGCACGUCUUUAAUGGUUGGUUUAACGAGGCAAGGAGUUGUAUGCGAAGUGUGCGGCUUUGCAUGCCAUAUGCCUUGUUGUGACAAAGUACCUCCGAUGUGCCCUGUACCCCAUGAUCAAACUAAACGACCAUUGGGGAUCGAUCCUACACGUGGGAUUGGUACUGCGUACGAAGGAUACGUUAAAGUGCCAAAAAUGGGUGGCGUCAAGAAGGGUUGGGUGCGUCAAUUCGUCGUAGUUUGUGACUUCAAAUUAUUUCUUUAUGACAUUUCACCAGAUCGAAAUGCUUUGCCAUCUGUAUAUGUUUCACAAGUUCUGGAUAUGCGAGAUGAAGAAUUCAGCGUCAGCUCCGUUCGUGAUUCUGACGUGAUACAUGCUACAAAAAAGGACAUUCCGUGUAUAUUCAGGAUAACUACGUCAUUGUUGGAGCCUCCUGGAUUGAGAAAUCAUACGUUAAUGUUGGCAGAUACGGAGAGCGAAAAAACAAAAUGGGUAGUAGCUUUAAGCGAACUUCAUAGGAUUUUAAAGAGAAACAAUCUUCCAAACACAACGAUUUUUCGAGCGAAAGAACUGUUGGACAAUACCUUGGCAUUCAUUAAAAAUGUAAUGUCAGGGGCGAUUAUUGAUCCGGAUCGUCUAGUCAUUGGUACAGAGGAAGGUCUCUUCUGUUUAGAUUUAGAUCGUAGCGAAAUUGCAAGAGUCGGAGAAGGAAAAAAGAUAUAUCUUCUUGAAUAUGUUACCGAAGAGCAAUUGAUUGUGGUAUUGAGUGGAAAACAACGUCAUGUACGGCUGGUUCCAGUACGUGCCUUGGACGGAGACGAAGUCGAAUGGAUUAAAGUAGCGGAGACUAAAGGAUGUAUUACAUUAACGACUGGAAUAGUGCGUCGUAAUCCGCUUAAUUAUUGCUUGUGCGUUGCAAUAAAGAAACAAAACGCAUCGCAAAUCAUCAUCUAUGAAAUAACACGUACGAAAACGAGACAUAAGCGUAUACGUGAGUUAAUGUUACCAUGUCACGCACAAACCUUACAAGUUUUCUCUGAAGGUCGCUUGUGCGUUGGUUAUCCAUCUGGAUUUUCCAUUUACAGCAUUUUAGGAGAUCAUCAUCCUAUUUCUUUGGUCCACGCUGAGAAUACGCUCUUGGGUUUCCUUACUUAUAGUGCUGUGGAUGCGUUACGUUGCAUCGAGUUGGCACGGGGUGAAUUCUUAUUAGUCUUCCACACAUUAGCGGUAUACGUUGAUAGUCAGGGAAGAAAAAGUCGGGAUCGGGAGAUAAUGUAUCCUGCAGUGCCUACAGCAGUUAGUUUUUGCGAAGGAUAUCUAUUGGUAUAUAGUGAAACUCAUAUCGACGUGUUUGACUGUACAUCUGGAGACUGGUUACAAACGCUUAAUGUAAAACGAGCUCGACCAUUAAAUAUUUCGGGUUCUCUUACGACUUGUGUAAUAAAUGACAUGCCAUAUGUUAUUUAUCUUAGCAAUUUGCAUCAGCGAGAACUAUUAAAUUUGGUACCAUUGGAUGCGAGCGGUAGACAAAUGACGAGACCACGGCGAAGAUUUUCACUACGAGAAGGUAAUAGGGCUAUUCGUCCUACAGACAGGCGUUCGAAAAUGAUUUCUGCGCCGACAAAUUUCAAUCAUAUUAGUCAUAUGGGUCCAGGAAAUGGGAUACAGAUACAGCGUUUAUUAGAUUUGCCCACGACAUUGGAAACUGCUGAUCAACAACAUACGAGUCAUCAUGGCAGUUCUCAUCUUCAUAGUAGUCAGCAAAGACUAUAUGAUGCUACACUUCAAACACCGAACAAACCGGCACCGCUGCCUCCUAGGCAUCCCCCUUCUGACGCGCGUCGUCUGAGUUCGCAUAUAUCGAGAAACUCUGGUUAUUCACCGCACAACGGUUCUACAACAACACGAAGAGGUCCUGCGCCGCCCCGACCAACUGCCACGCCUCCUUCCUUACCGCGCACUCCAGUGGACCAAAUUGAUUCUGAAUCGGUACAUUUGCGUUCACAUACUCCGCUCUCUCUUGGUAGUAUUGCAUCUUUACAUAACAAGGAACAUCCGUCUGGUGGCAGCCCUAGACACUCGAUAGCUUCGAACAAUAGCUCAAAUCCAUCAACACCACCGAGUCCCGCACACGAUCACGGAUCGUCUUCGUAUGAUUCGUAAAUUUAUUUAAUAUUUACGAAGAUUUAGAUAAACGGUAUGUAUUUAGUACAUAUUUAAGGAAAAUGAUCAAUUUGAUAUAUACAUAUGCAUAUGUAUACCUGUGCGCGUCCUUAUAGUAUAUGUAUGUAUAUAUGUUGAGCUCUUAUAUAUUUUUACGAUAUAUUUCUUUAUUCUCCAUCUAUCUUUCUAUCGUUAAGAACGCAUUUUGAUAAUCACCUCGUUGACUAUGUUAACUACGUCGAAUCUGUAUUUGUUAAUCUUGGAAUCUCUAUUAUUUGAUAAAUCGAAAUUUAAUUUUAGAUUCGAGCCUAACAUAUAUAGUCAUAUAUUUGUAAUGUACUUUAUAGUAUACAGUACUCGUUUGAUCUUUAAAAUGGAAAGUUACUUCGCGGUAUUGCCUUACCGUCGUGCAAUAUAAUUAUACAUACUUGAUAUCACAUACAAGAGUGAAACGAUUGUCAUAAUAGUGUGCGCUUUAACAACUUUUCAAUACGUAUUGGCGCGCUAUAUACGUGAUUUUAUAUAACUAUAUGUAUGUAUGUGUGUGUAGAUAUUCAUUUCUACACAUACAUACACACUUGAAAUAGAUAAACUUUCUUUGCAGCAAUUUUCUUUGCGAAAAAUGCACUAGUACAUUUUAUAAUUUUCUGAUUUUUAAGAGUUUAUAUGUAAUAAUUUAUGAUGCACUUAAUGAAAAAAUCCAUUAUUGAUAUAAUGGUAAAUUAUUGUAAAUAGUUUAUACUUAAUGAGAGAAACGAUAUAUCGUUAAGCUCGCUUUGCGAUGCCAUAUCUAUUCUAUUUCUUUCGAUAGUUGUUAUUCUUUUUUUCGAUGAAAAUAAUUUGACAAUUUAUACAAUAAAAUUGGAAUCUCAGUCAAAUUAACUAGCAAUAAAAUUUAAGCUA